GUUUAUCAUGUUGGGCUCUGGGUUCAAGGCUGAGCGCUUGCGAGUCAACCUGCGCCUUGUCAUCAAUCGCCUCAAACUGCUGGAGAAAAAGAAGACUGAGUUGGCCCAGAAGGCAAGGAAGGAGAUUGCAGAUUAUCUGGCAGCUGGAAAAGAUGAGCGUGCCAGGAUUCGUGUGGAGCACAUCAUCCGUGAAGAUUACCUUGUGGAGGCCAUGGAGAUCCUGGAGCUGUACUGCGAUCUGCUGCUAGCCCGCUUUGGCUUGAUUCAGUCCAUGAAGGAGCUGGACUCUGGCCUGGCAGAAGCAGUAUCUACACUGAUUUGGGCUGCACCACGACUCCAGUCAGAAGUGGCUGAGUUGAAGAUUGUUGCUGACCAGCUAUGUGCCAAGUACAGCAAGGAGUAUGGGAAGCUGUGCCGGACAAACCAGAUUGGGACAGUCAAUGACAGGCUGAUGCACAAGCUGAGUGUGGAGGCACCGCCCAAGAUUCUGGUGGAGAGAUACCUCAUCGAGAUUGCCAAGAACUACAAUGUGCCCUAUGAGCCUGACUCGGUGGUGAUGGCUGAAGCCCCUGCAGGCGGAGAGGCAGAUCUGAUUGAUGUGGGAUUCACAGAUGAUGUAAAGAAGGGUGGCCACGGAGGGGGAGGAGGGGGUGGAUUUACAGCCCCGCUGGUACCCAUGCCAGUGAUGAUGCCUAUGCCCAUGCCAACGCCAAAUCCACCCUUCUCCUAUGCACCUCCAAAGGGACCGGAGAACUUCAACGGUCUACCAGUGGGGACCUACCAGCCUUUCACUAACAUCCAUCCACCGCCAAUUCCGGCAACCCCACCAACAUAUGAGUCUAUUGAUGAGCCUAAUGCUGACAAGGACUCUUCUGCGCCGGUGGCUGGGCCUGGGCCCAAGUCAGAAGCUUCUCCUAAACCAAGAGCUGGAGCGUCUAAUACCUUUGAUAACUUUGUGCUGCCUGAAUUGCCAUCCGUGCCAGAUACUCUGCCAACAGCAUCUGCCGGCGCGAGCUCUUCUGCCUCUGAAGACAUUGACUUUGAUGAUCUUUCUCGGAGAUUUGAGGAGCUAAAGAAGAAGACAUAAAACGGACUGGGCUGUAACUCCAGUGUGAGGGGCAGGAGCUGUGACAGCUGCUCCUCUCUGAAACAGACUUCCCUUGAAAUUGGUUUCCUCUAUUAACCUCAAAUGAACUUGCUCUUCUUUUUGAGCUCUC